AUGCUACAAGAUACUGAAGUAUACUCUAAAGAAGAAGUCAUUCAGUGUGUCAUGUUAGUAGACUCUGAACCAGUGAGUGCUGAAGAAGCGCUCAAGAAGAAAGUGUGGUUGAAGACCAUGAAGGAAGAACUUGUGGCUAUAGAAAGAAACAAGACUUGGAAGUUGACUAAGCUUCCAAAGGACAAGAAAGCCAUUAGUGUCAGAUGGGUUUUCAAGGUGAAAUUGAAGCCAAAUGGAUUAAUUGAAAAACACAAAGCAAGUUUAUUGGCAAGAGGUUUUCUACAGAAACCUAGGUUAGACUACCUUGAGGUGUUUGCUCCUAUAGCGACACAUGAGAAAAUCAGAUUAGUGAUUGUGAUAGCUGCUAACAAGAAUUGA